AUGCGCCUCUACAUUGUAAUUCUCGCGUUCUCGAUGUGCGCCUGGGUGGCCCUGGCCGCUGUCUCUGGCGUCGGCAACUCACGCAUCAACCAUGAUGGAGGACACGAAGCCAAGAUAGAGACUGUCGAUGAAACCGGGGCACCAGGCACAAUGACCGACGUCUCUGAAGCUGCUGCUGCUCCGGAUGCGGCGACCGAACCAUCUGCUGCCACUGCCGAGUCCUCAUUGCCUGACGCCAUCGCCAAUGGUGGUCAACCCCUUGGACCCCCACCUGGACCCAAAACACCCGCUGAAGAAAAGGCCGACUCUGUCUUGUCAUGCAUGGAAGUUUGCGGCGCAGACGCAGUUGUCUGCCUGAACAACUGUAUUACAACCGGUUACAACGUCCCCGCCGGACCUGUCCCUUCCGUCACCGCCUCGAUCCCUCCCCCACUCUCUACUGUCACCCCCACUACUGCCCCUGUUGCUGCUACGACUGCCGGUACUACUCCCAAGGCCCAGGGAUCCGGUGCUAUGUCGAUUAGCAGUAGCUACGGGAUGGGUUGUGCUGUUGUUGUUGUUGCUAUUGCUAGCUUCUUUGCUGUUUUGUAA